UCAAAUUUCGACAGACAGGAGAAAAAAUUAUCGCUGUUCACGUGGAAAGUCGCAAUAUUUUCAUUGGAUUUUCAGCCAACACGGCAAUAAAUGCUAAAAAUUUUGCUAGAAUGUGCAGAAAGAGAUCGCAGCAAAGCAAAAGUCAGUCACAGAAAUAGAAAAAAUUGCAAAAUUCCAUUAAUACGCAGUAGACGACAUAACCUUGUGAAAUCAUAAGAAGAGAAAUAUAAAAAUAAAUUAAUCACAUAAAAAUUACACAACGAUGUCGAUGAUAUCGGGCAAGACCGAAUUGACGAGUGCGUCGUCGGUGUUGCGGAAAUACAGUGCAACGUCGCGGGACAAAAUAAAAACGCUAAUUUCCAAAGUUCAGUUUGAGACGCAUGUCGAGCGACGAGUCGAAACGGUGCUGGAUCGUGUCGAGACGGAAGGCGAUGUGCAGCAAUACGAGAGAUUUUUGACGUUGAUCAAGGAGGAGGAUUAUGACGACGUGGAAUACCUGAGAAUCAUCCGAGAGUCAAAAAGUUGCAUUCCCCGUCUAAAACCGCAUUUUCGGGCAUUUGUCGAAGUCAUCACGGGUCUCAAUUGGCUCUCACGCUCCCCCGAGGUCCAUCAAGAGUACCAAUCUUUCAUCGUCGACUUGCUCGUGGCACACAACAAAUACACAAAUAUCGUCGUUUCUCGCUUAAUUUCCUUCUUUGUGCCCAAAGAUGACCUCGCCACUUCAUGGAAACACGGAAAACCCUCAGACGAGAUAAAAUCAAAACUCGAGACUGUUCACAAUCUCAUCCACAAAUUACUCGAUGUGAUCCCGAUGAUGUUCCAAAUUUUGUUGCAACAAAUUUCUCAAUGGUUUCCGUACCACAAAAAAUCUUCCUUCAUUUACGGCGGAUUUAUCUACAAUUUGCUCUGGUUAACGGAAUAUCGGCAAAUUUACAAAGAAGAUAUUUUGCAUUUGAUAGUGUUGAAAUUGUUGGAACUCGAUGUGAGCAUUUCGCGACAUGAAAUAGAAGAUGCCGAAGAUGAGGAGGAAGAUGGCGAAGGACUGGAUGGCGGUGCAGAAUCGAUGUCUUUGAAUGCUAGUCAAGUAAUGAAGGAAUUUGCGGAAGAUGAGAUGAGACAUCCGCUUGCCGAGACACUGGAUAUCGGGUUGGAAUUGAUUUUUGAGUACAUUCAGAAGGAGUUGGAGACGCUGAAAGGAAAUAAUUUGAAGAAAAGUGAAUUUUUUGCGAUUUUUAUGAGGAUUUUUGAGACAAAUAUCUUGCCGACGCACAAUAGUCAUCACGUGCAAUUCAUCAUUUUCUACUUGUGUCAUUUUGAGAAUACCUUCCUUGAAAUCCUUCUGGACAAACUUUGGUUCAACGCACGCGACUUCAACUUGGCACCUGCCCUACGUCAAGCCUCUGUCGGCUAUCUCGCAAGCAUUUUGGCACGUGCUCGCUUCAUCCCCUUCCUCCUUUUACGAGAUUUUUUGGCGCAACUCUGCGACUGGGCACAUCAGUACAUCCAACGAAGUGAUUCCGUUUCGAACAAUUCCCUCAAGGCUCACACAGUAUUCUACUCCAUUUGCCAAGCCAUCUUCUACAUUAUCGCGUUUCGCAGUCGUGAACUAACUGCCGACAAAAAAGGCCUUAUCUACUUGCAAUCCUUGCAACUUUCCUCUUUGGUGACGUCACACUUGAACCCGUUGCGUGUUUGUUUGCCUGCCAUUGCGACAACUUUCGCGGGCGUCACACGAGCCCAUCAACUCGCCUAUUGUCACACGGUGCUGGAACGAAAUGCGCGACGAAAACUCGCGACAGUUUAUUCGAAUGACGCGCAAACCCCGGACGAGUGUUUGGAGACUUUUUUCCCUUUUGAUCCGUAUCUCUUGAAGAAAUCUGGCGGAAAAAUUCAGGAUUUGUAUUUGCAAUAUCAAGCGGAUGAUCAUCAUCAUGAGCAACAUCAUGAUCAACUAAAUAGUCCCGAAGUUGGGCAAAAGAGACAAAGAUUGGAAUCGUUUUCGACGAUGAACGAGGAAGAUGACUUUAUUGGGAUGCACGAACAGAAAAAGCGCAUCCGACAUUUGUCGAAAUGUUUUGAAGAUGAAAUUCAUUUGCCGCUGAAUGGAACAGUCGUUAAACCAUAAAUUUUUAUGAAUAAUUUUCUCUUUUAAUAUUUAUUAUUAGCUGACGUUCAGUGACUUUUUUGUGAUUUAAUACUAUGAAUAAGUAGUUAUACUAUUGAGUUACAUUUUUUAUGUAAAA